CUCGCAAGCUGCAUUCUUGCUGUGUCUAGAAGCUCACAGGCAGCUCUGCUCCUCCAGGACGCCGCGCCACGCGUCCAGACAUACGCGACGUGUCAUGGCAGCCUGAUACCCCUGCUUCAUGCAGUGAAGCUCCUCGAGCCUCUCCUGCUCUCAUUCUCACUGUCGCCACCUAUCGCAGUUUGCAACACAACCGUCGAGCAAAAGCCCCGAGGAAGGAAGGAAGUAAGGAGGAGGUCGGCGCCGCCAUGGAGAUGCUGAGCAUGCUGAAGGUGGGGUACACGGUGCUGCGCAGCGACACGCCGGCGACUGACCUCGUCAACACCUUCAUGGACUGGGCGGCUCGCCGGUCGCUCCUCCUCCUGGCGCUCUUCGUGCCCCCCUACCACGUCUACAAACUCGCCGCGUCGGCCGCCGCCACCGUCGCGCCGGAGGACGUCGCGGGGAAGGUCGUGCUCAUCACGGGCGCAUCCUCUGGCGUCGGCGAGCAAAUAGCUUACCAGUACGCUAGGAAGGGAGCAAGGCUGGCCCUGGUGGCGGGGAGGGAGGGAAGCCUGCACGAGGUCGCCGCCAAGGCGACCGAUCUCGGCUCGCCGGACGUGCUCGUUGUGCCGGGGGACGUGGCGAGGUCGGAGGACUGUAAGGCGUUCGUCCAGGCCACAGUCGAGCGCUUUGGCCGGCUCGAUCAUCUUGUGAACAAUGCCGGUUUGACCAGCGUAUGCUGGUUCGAGGAGAUGCCCGAUGUCGCCAGUUUCAAGCAAAUAUUGGACGUGAACUUCUGGGGCACAGUGCAUCCGACCCACGCCGCUCUUCCUCACCUGAAGAAGAGCCGCGGGAAGAUCUUUGUCAACUCCUCGGCCGCUGCGGUGCUGGCAAUGCCAAGGAUGAGCUUCUGCAAUGCUAGCAAGGCUGCCGUGCUGAGCUUCGCCGAGACCCUGCGGAUGGAGCUCGGCGACGAGGUCGGCGUCACGGUGGCGACGCCCGGAUGGAUCGAGUCCGAGAUGACCAAGGGGAAGCACCUCUCCAAAGGAGGGAGGGUGGAGGUCGACCAAGACACGAGGGAUGCUCGGGUGGGGCUGUUCCCGGUGGUGCGUGCCGAGCGGUGCGCCGAGGCCAUCGUGGACGCCAUCUGCCGCGGACGGCGCAGCGUCACGGUGCCGCUGUGGUACCGGGCGCUGUUCCUCUGGCGGUCGUUGGCGCCGGAGGUGGGAGACGUCCUGCAACGCGUGUUCUACCGCCGCAGCUCCGGCCACGGGGGCAGCCAGAUGAGGGCGAGGAGGGUCUUGGAGGUCACGGGCGCCAAGCGCCUGCUGCAGCCGCCGUCGCUGCACACCGCAGACAUCAAACGGGAGUAAGAGUAGAGCAGGUGGUACGUGAGUGUUACGGUGUCGUACUGGGACGAAAAUAAAAUAGAAUGUCGAGGUGUGGUUUGUGUGAAGUGUGGUGAAUGGUUCGUGUAAAUUUAAGUUGCAUUCGAACUAUGAUUCUGUUUCUACGGGCAAAACUUUUAAAAAUUAGGUGAUUUGAAGGCAA